AUGAGCGACGAUAAAAGGCGAUCCACAAAAGGUAGAAAGCGAGCCCCGGAAGAGGAGGCUUCCAUAGAGUCUUCUCAUUCUGAAUCUGAGCUUGAAACAGUUGAAACUGAUGGUCGUAAGAGAAAAAAGAAGAGAAAGUCAGAAGUUGUACCUAAGAAGAGGAAAAUAGAUAAGAAAGAGGUAAGUUUCACAACCCUUUACAUUUAUUUGAUACUUUAGUCCCCUGAUCUACAAGGUUCGCCUAAGAAGGAAAAGGAGGAUGAAGAAGAAGUAAAGAAGGUAAAUGUGAGGGAUUACACACCGUUUCAACUGUUCUGUGACUUUAUCCUUCGAAGAGUAAUGGAGAAAGAUGUAGAAGAGUUUUUCUUGUAUCCUGUAAGUGCCGAAGAUGCUCCAGAUUAUGCUACCAUAAUCUCUACGCCGAUGGAUUUUACAACAGUAAGAAAGAAGAUUGAUUCAAAUGCUUAUAAUCACAUAAACGAGCUGAAGAACGACUUCAUGCUCGUAACGAGUAACGCUAUGACAUACAACAAUCCCAACACCGUGUAUUAUAUCGCUGCUUCAAAGUUACAGAACUGUAUACGCUACUACUUUUCUCCUGGCUACCGGGAAUACGUCAAGUAUUCCUUGCCAUUUGGAGCUGGUGUUGCUCAUGACCAAAUAGGGUUGGUACCAAAGGUUCCCUUGAAGCUGCCGAUGAAGAGAAACGAGCGGACAAUGGCUAUCAGAAAGGCUGUCAUUGACAACGUAUCCACAAAAGAUGUCAUGAGUGCUGCUGCGCCUGCAGUACGAGUAAGUGUACUUAUAAAUCUUUCAUUUUUAUUAUUUUUAAUAUUUGUAAGGUAGUAAUGCAUUUAUUAUGUCAGGUUUAUUUUAAUAAUUAUUCCUGAUUUCAGUCGAGACUUGCCGAAGAAAGACCGCCUUGGCCGAUGGGAUACAUUGACAAGAAGGAUAGUGGGACUGUUUUAAAUAUCGUGGGCAGUGGACAAACCAAAGUGUCUAUGAGUGAUUUCGUGGGUAAGCUGGAAAAAGGAGCGUCCUACUUCCUGCCAGAGUACUCCCCCCUAGAGUCUGCUGACAGUAUUGUGAACUACACCAGUUACGGUCCUUUCUGUUCGUUUGCUCCUCAAUAUGAUUCUACCUGGUCUAGUUUGAACAAACGCGACUCUGACUUACUGUUGUCUUGUUACGGCGACAAAAACAAUACAUCUGACGCCGUGUCAUUGAGACAGAUGGCCUUAGAUGCCGGAGGAUGUUUGGUGAAGGCUGUGGACGGUAUCUUGGACAUCCUGACUGAUGGUGAACACUCAAAAACACUUAAAGAGUUGAACAGUGAAGUGACAGAAGAAGAGGCCAAAAAGGUAACAUUUUGAAAACUUUUGUAAUCAGAACUGUUUCUACUUUUUUAAAACAAUUUUUUAAAAUUCAGGAAGCUGAAACACAAGCUGAAGAAACCUUGGCCGAAAUCUCUAAGUUGGGUGCUGAUUCAACAUACAUUGAUGAGUUGAAGAAGGAACUUGGUCUCGCUGCUCCCGAGGGAUCAUGUGAACAUAUGCUGAAUGUUGCGGGCGAGUUGCUUCGGGAACUGAACAAUGUCCAGACAAACAGACUCAACCAAGAUCCUCCAGUUUCUCUCAACGAUCUCGGAAGGCCAGAUCAAGCAGAAGGCGACUUGGCCGUGAAUGUGGCCCAGCAGUUCACUAACAUUGUCAAGCACGGCGCUGCUCCAAAAGAUCUCGUAACCACCCCGCAAAUACACCAAGCCAUCGGAGUAAGUGCCGACGACUUUGAUUACGACGUUCUCUCCGAAUUCAUUACUCUACCGACAUAA